GCCGCUCUCGCAUUCGCCGGCCGUACCUCGCCGCGAGUGUGUGCAUCGUCCGCGCUCAGCGUUUCCACAACAUUCCUCGCGUGCAGUGAAACUUCAUAAAAAAUAUUUUGUUGCAAAAACAAAUGGGCGUCGAUAGUGAAACGUAAACUUGUGAUGAUGCACAGUGUUCUGUGAAAUUUGCGUCGUUUGACAGUUUGUUUUAGUGCAGUUUACAUUGUUUCCGAGUUCCGCCCGCUCGGAGGAGGACAGUAAGAGAGUGACAGUUUGCUGUGUUUUGUGCGAGUUUUCUUGGGGAAGUUCACUGUGUUUAUAGUCGGAGGCCGUCGUGAACACCGGCCCCGACAUGGAGGCUUACUUCGACAUCUCGAACGACCUGAAGGACGUCUGGGAGGCGGACAUUGACCCGGAGAUGCAAGACGUAUUGGAAGAAGAUUCGGAGAUGACGGACUGGCUGAUCGAGAGGGAUUCCAAAUCAGGAGUGGUGCUGCACGACAGGCUGAUGACAGAUGCGGCGCUGGGAGCCGCCCCGAUCAAGACAGAACACUCCUACAGUCUACAUUCAGAUGUUGAAUCCGCACCCUCAUCGCCACACCAUACCAAAGUUGACGACAUGGAAGACGAAUGCUACCCAGCAAUGCCAGCCAGCGCAUGGAGCAGCCGACGAAGGUCCAGUGACUCCCCUCCAAGAGAAGUGAAAGCUGAACCGAAGUCUGAACCAGAGUCACCAGCGUCAUCCUGCCCCCCCUCACCCACCCCUGGAACACCCGUCACACACCUCGACUAUGUUAUUGACCACACGUCUCUUUACUUGCAGACCGGCACAAUCCACAUGCCACAAGCAGUUCUACAGAAGGUCGGCGCAGCGGGAAUGCCACAACUGCUGCUCAGCGCUGCGCCGCGUCUAGCCACCUCGCUCAACUCCAACAAACUUUCUAUCAAGGUCACUUCCAGCUCAGGGGCUUCAGGUUUCAACCUCCCCCCGACACCUCCGUCAUCCCUGUCAUCAUCGGACAGUGAGGGUGCCUUGUCUCCAGCUCACGAAGCGUCCCAGGCCCCACUAGCGCCCCCUGCAGCCCCGGCGCGUCGCUCGCACCUGUACGUGUCUCACCACACCCGGCAGCCAAUCAACACACCGCUGAUCAGCAGUCAACCAAAAGGGUCAACUGGAACACUAGUGCUAACAGAAGAAGAGAAACGCACGUUACUUGCUGAAGGCUACCCAGUACCAACCCGCCUGCCCCUCACCAAGGCUGAAGAGAAAUCCCUCAAGAAAAUCAGAAGGAAAAUUAAAAAUAAGAUAUCCGCACAAGAAAGCAGACGCAAAAAGAAGGAAUACAUGGACCAGCUGGAGAGGAAGGUGGAGAUCCUGAUAUCUGAGAACACAGACUACAGGAAAAGGGUGGAGACGUUGGAACAGAAGAACGCGAGCCUGCUGAGCCAGGUCGCCUCGCUGCAGGCCAUGGUAGCCCGCGGCCGCAAGUGACGGGCUGCGCCCUAACUCUUGAUUGUCCAAGUACGACGCUGUCCCAUAACGGAAUCAAUGUAUAUUUUAGACGUAUUUACAUACACGAGUGUCCGGGGAAAGAACUGUCAGCGUUUGAAUGGUUGCUCACUGUAAUUGUUAGUAAAUAGGUAUUCUGUGGUGCUGGAUCCGAUAUACCCGCUGCGUCGGUAUACAAACUGUCAAGUGCCACACUAGAUAUUUAUUUUAUACAACUCUGAUACAGUUUUCGUUCGAGACGCGAGGGAUGACUUGAUAACAGGGAAUUAUAGUACUGGGGAUUAGAUUUGUAUCAAUAGUUAUUUACGCGUGUUGUUUGAAAUCUCGUAAUAUAUUAUUAUAGCGCUGUAACGGCGAUAAUUAGUGUGUAAGUUUUAUUUUAUGCGUGUUUUAAUUAAAAUGUGCAAUUAGGUUAAGGAUUUUAUUGUUACCCAAAGCAUACAUUGUACUUGUGUGGCUCGCCGUGCCGGCUCGUGGCCUGCACGUGGAUGGUAUUGACACUAGAUUAUCAAUAGAGACUACUAAAGUUAAUAUAGUUUGGGACAUAGCGUGUUGCCGAUACCUAUGGAACUGAGCUCGCGAGUCGCGGUGCGUUGUGUUAUCGGAAUCUUAGUAGCAUAAUAAUGUAAGGCGGACAAUGUACCAGCGUGCGUCUUACCGAUUAAUAUUGAAUUCCAUGAAUUUGCAUUUAUAGCGAAAUGUGUAUUGUCCUAGAGAUUUUACCUUGUAUUUAAGAUAAAGUUAGUUAUGUAUCUAAUAGUGGACCUAUUUAAAACCGAUUUGUGUGACAAGUGUUUUCGGUUAUGUCUAGUCUCUUGUAGAACCGUCGGGUCUCGUUCUGGAGGCCUUCAUAGAAACAUUAGCUGUAUUCUCAGUUCUGCGCUCUAUAUCGACAAGUACAAAAUAAUGGCAUGCCUUCAACGAGAAUAACGUAACUAACUCUAAUGAGCUAACUCAUUUAUUUACAUCCAGUAUUUUUACUAUAGUAGGGUUGCCAGCUGACAAAAAAUGGAGAUGUAUACAGUUUGCCAGCCUAAAAAAAUUAGAGAAAAGAUAUUAAAUAUCAGAAAUCUAUAGGUUGGUUAGCUAUCCUUUUUUUGUAGCAAGGCACCUAAAAGUUUAACGAAUUAAUACAUUAAAACACAUGCUCUAGCAGAAUCUCCAGAUGAGUAGUCAGUGCAUUAGUAUAUUCAUGGUCUUGCCAACUGCCGUAGCUACCGUUCAGCGUGAUAGUUCCACCAAGCUGCUAGUGAUCUUUCUAACAUUCCAUUUCUUAGUAAUAUGAGUGACUUAAAGUGAGCUUGAGUACUUAUUGUAACUAAUUGUAGACUUUAGCGCCGAACACACUCCAAACCUUUGUUUACGGAGACGGUCCGAUUCACUGUAUAGAAGCAGACUUAUAAUCCCACUCGUUUGUGAUCUGCUAUUAAAAGUACCAACGUUAAUAACCUCAGUAACACGAAUCGGAAAGGUACCGAAAAUAAAUGUUUCCAGUGCGCCUCGACUUUAUUUAACUAACUUUGUAAAACAAAUUAACACAUUUUUAUUGAAUAAAAUAAAAUAAAAUGUGCUGUUAUAAAUUUUCGUUUGAAUAAUUUAUAAGACUAGCCAAUCAAAUGUUAGUUUCUUCCAAAUUUUAACAUUGUCGUUACUAAUCGGCUUGUAGAAGCGAAUGUGAACAUUUAUUGUUUCCAGUACCCUUAGUACGAGCUUGCUUUAACUGAAAAUGAAACGAGACUGCGUUCGGCGCUCUGAUUGGUUGAUUCAUUCGCGCCGGCCAAUCGGAGCUCCGAACGCGGUUUCGUUUCGUUUUUGUUCAAAAUAAAGCUAAGGAUACUAAACUAUGAUAAAUUGUAAGAUGGUUAACAAACCUGCUUUCUACAAACCGAUUGAUAUAUAAGUGACAAGAUUGUAUAUUAUAUGUACACAUAUGAAGAGAUAUAUCUACCUGAAUGCCUGUACAUAGGUAAUAUCAUUGUUUCGUGUAAUAAUACACUGUUUGUGCAAUUAAUUUGUUCUCUUAUACACUCGUAAAUGUUCUUCCUAUUUAGUAAUUUAAGCAAAUGUUCUAUUUAUAUAUAGCGCUGAAUUAAUAUAUCGACAUUAUUGUCCCCGACACCUCGGGGGAAAUUUUAAAGAAUUGAGAUAUAUUUUAAGAGAUUUUUUCUAAGGAAAUUUUAGAUAUAUACAUAUAUAUAUGUGAAACACUGUUUACAUGUCUUUAUCACUAUACAAGUUAGGUCUCUAGUUAAAGUAUCGUUAGUACCUACGAUCCUACAUACAAGUUUAUUAUUGAAACUGCAAAGUGUGCCUGCCUAUCAGCUAUUUGAUUUACUCGAUAAGCAAGGAUAGUGAAUUAUCUUUUUUAGAAAACAAUAUACAUAUAAUUAUUUAAAGAUAUGAAAUAUUCAAUUCCUAAUAUGGCAUUUACCGUCUGCAAAAGUGAUUUUAAUAGGAAUUAUAAUGAAUUAACUGAUGUUAGUAAUAUAUUUAACUUAUAAUGGAAUUAAUAUAUGAGAGAGGUGCGUUCGCGCCGGCUUUUUAUGACAUAAUAACUUGUAAUGUAAAUGAAAUGCCAAACAUACUUACUUUUAUAUGUUAGUAGGCACCAUACAUAUUUGGGUGACAAUGUUACGAUUCACGAGGUUGUUUUAAUUGGAUGUUUGAGUUGGAUGUACAUGUAGAUGAGCCGAGGGAUCGUACUCUGUGGCGCGCCGGUCGCGGGGCCGACCGCGUCUUGUUAUUCAUUAUAAAGUAAUUUUAUUUGAUAGUUUUAUUUGUUAAAACUAUACGUUACCUUGAGUCAUGAUUUGUUAAAUCGUUUGUUUUAUUAUUAUUUUUCAAUGACAUUGCGGAUUUUACUGUCACCCUUCUAAUAAAACGUCAAAUAUUGUAAUA